UUACAUUUUAAAUUACACACACAUUAACAACAUCAGCCAUAUUUUGUUAAUAUAACCUCUCUGUUCUAAGGAUUUCUAUGUCAGUCUCUCUCCACAUCAGACAUGUUGGUGUUAUAUAGACUUAUCAUGGCUGACUGUUAGUGGAGCUGAUAGUGUGUGUUCUCUCACUACUCUGUCUUUGUGUGUGAGAGGCAACAUCUAGUCUGAGAGAGGCUGUAGUAAGCAUCACCCAUCCUACUCCUCCUCCUCCCUUUCACACACACUCACACACACACACUCACUAAACACCACACAUCCACAAAGGAAGACUGAGAGGGAACUGCUGGUUCCCACUGACUCACCACCAACACUAUUCCAUCAACAUGAAGCCAUUGUCACACCAUAGCAGCAGUGACACAGACAACCAUUAACAACAGAACAUUGGGACCAAGUCACAGUUUAUACAACAAAGGAUUUUACACACAAUGAAGACUGAAUAUUUGAAGCCAUCUCCAACCUGGAUACUGUAUUAACAUCAGGACCAGAGAUGUUGUUACACCUGUGUGUUUUACUGACUUUCUUCCACUGUUAUUUAAGUGAAGACAUCACAUACCAUGUUAAAGAAGAGAAUAAUCCCUACACCUAUGUAGGGGACAUUGCUGCUGACUUACAGAAAUCAGACAGCUCCUUCUUAAAGAACAAGGAUUCGAUUACAUUUAGUCAACUGCAACAAAAGGGAGAACAGUUGUUCAAUGUGACGAGAACAGGUAAACUGUACACUGUUGAGACAUUGGAUGCUGAGUCUGUGUGUAGUUAUGAGAAAGAAUGUUUUGAAAUCGUUAAAGUUGCUGUUCACAAAUCGAAGACAUUUAUGAAGAUCUUAAAGAUUAAAGUCAUAAUAGAAGACAUCAAUGACCACCAACCUGAGUUUCCUCAGAAAGAAAUUGAUAUACAUUUCCGAGAAGGAGAUGGUAAAGGUAUGAAGAAACACAUACCUAAUGCUAUAGACAAGGAUAUGAGUCCAGAAAACAGCUUAAUUACUUAUGAAUUGAAAAAGGAUAAUGGACAUUUUUCUUUAUCAGUUGCAAAACAGACUGAUGAAAUAUCAACAUUACGAAUUAUUUUAGAAGAGAAAUUAGACAGAGAAAAGAAGGACAGUUACAAUAUUGAAGUCAUUGCAAAAGAUGGGGGAACUCCUCCAAAACAAUCUGUUUUAAACGUUAAAAUAUCUGUGGAAGAUGAAAAUGAUAAUACACCAGAAUUUUCCCAAAGUAUCUACAAUGUUUCUAUUGAACAUAAACAUAAAAAGAAUAUUCCAGUCGUCACAUUAUCUGCCAGUGAUUUAGAUAUUGGCAGGAAUGGUAAAAUAUCAUAUUACUUUGCCAGGAAAACUAGUGAGAAAGUGAAGAGAAACUUCAAUUUAGAUGAAAAUACUGGAAAAUUAUAUUUAGCUACAUCUUCAAAAAUUGAUAAGGACGAAUCUUUUAAAAUAUACAUCGAAGCCAGAGAUGAUGGCACAUCUCCUCUGAGUUCCAUAGCCACUGUUUUGGUAAAUGUCAUCAAUGAACACAACAAUCCUCCAAAUAUUGAUGUGAACUUUAUUUCUACACAGAAUCACAACACAGCUACCAUUCUGGAAGACAUCAAAGUUGGUAGUUUCAUUGCUUAUGUGAUGGUCACUGACAAUGAUGUUGGACACAAUGGAGAGGUGAACUGUCAUAUCAAAGACGACACAUUCAAACUACAGUCAAUGGGAUCGAAGGAAUAUAAAAUAGUUCUAAAGAAAGCAGUAGACAGAGAGACUCAGGAACAUUAUCACUUUACUGUGUCGUGUGAAGAUAAAGGAUUACCUGCUCUGAAAACUGAUAAAGAUCUGUCAAUCCAAGUGUUGGAUGUGAAUGAUGUAGAACCACACUUUACGAAAGACACAUUCAAGUUCCUUACCUAUGAGAAUGACAAAGCUAAUUUCCCUAUUGGCUUUAUCAAUGCUACAGACCCAGAUAUUGGUAAGGGAGGUGAAUUGUCUUAUUCUCUGAGAAAUAAACAGCAAUAUCGUCUGCCAUUCCAGAUUAUCAACUCUGGCUUUAUUUCAACAAACCAGUCUUUAGACAGAGAACACAGAGAUUUCUAUGAGUUUGAGGUUUUUGUGAAAGACAAUGGAAGCCCAUCUCUGAAUAACACAGUGAAUGUUGAAGUGGAAGUAUUGGAUAGAAAUGAUAAUGCUCCAUAUUUUACAUUUCCUAGUGUUGACCCUUUCACUCUUAAUGUCCACUAUCAUCCGCAAAGUAAGAACGACAUCACAGUUCUGAAAGCAUCUGAUAUAGACAGUCACAUGAAUGCUUUUCUCAGGUAUGAAAUCGUUUCAGGUAACGAGAGACAGUUAUUUAAACUGGACUCUUUCACUGGUGUGUUAUCUUACUCUCGCACAGUUUACCAAAAUGAUGCCGGAUCAUAUGAGCUUGAGUUUGUUGUGAAAGACAGUGGUACUCCAGUUCUGUCAGCAACAACUAGUGUGUCUUUGACACUGACUGUUAGUAACAAGACGUCACCAAUGUUCACAGCUGUGCACCUACCAAGUGAUAACACCAUAGAUGCGACAUUGUUGAUUAUCAUUGUAGUAGCAGCUGUGAUAGUAUCUAUAGCUAUUGUGGUUUCUAUAACCCUGUGUAUUGUGAGAUGUAACAAUGUGAGAAAUAGCUCAUCUGAAAGAACAGCAGAAGAGAAACAGGCAUACCAAUGUCGCAAUGAGAUGAGACAGUUGAUCUAUCAAGGUAACAACAGUGUACCUGUGAUGUCAGGUAAUCGAGGAGAGAUGACAGACAGAUAUGGUCAUUCGAGGAGCCAUUACUAUCCUGAAGACUGGAAGACAUCGACAAUGAGUCGGACACUUCAAAAGUCUACAAAGCAGAAAUACAGUCAACCCAUUGAGGUGACAUCUUAUGGAGACAACAGACCAUCCUCUAACUAUCCCACUGACACAUUGACCAGUCGUAAGAGUAGUGGACAGUGCUGGAGUGAGCGGUCAAGUAGACAGUAUGAAGAAAUACCAGCAAUGUCAGGAAUCUAUGGUGGUGCCCCACCCGAUGUAUCAAGCACCAGUGAGAGAGACCAUUACCAAGACAGAUAUGUGAAACCUCCAGAGAGACAGUUACCUUCAACACCAGAUGUUGUUGUCAGUUAAGUGAGACUGAGAAAGGAACACAACAGAAAUAAUAUCACCUUUAACAUUCACACAACAUUUAAAAAUAACAGAAAUAUAUUAGUUACAUAAUAAUAUUAUCUGCAUAUAAUUGGAUAUAUUCUUGUGUGUGUGUAUAUAUAUAUAUGGGAUAUUUCCUUAGAAGACUAAUUUAGCAGCUUUGGAUAUGAACAAUUUCAAUCAAAUUCUAACACUUUAAUUGCAUAGGCAAAAGAAAUAUUUUAAGAAUUUAAAAAUAAAAACUCAGACGAGGAAAAUAAAAUCUAAAAUUUAAACAGUUUGUUAAAUUAUGAUAAAUAAUUUUCAUAUAGAUAUACUUUCCCUGUUUACAUAUCUUGUUUAAAUUUUCCAAAUCUAUACUGAAUAAGAGAGUUAGUUUAGAAUAGGUCAGACACACACACUAACUGUUAUUGUCAAUAUUGUAUUUACAUUUUAAAUUACACACACAUUAACAACAUCAGCCAUAUUUUGUUAAUAUAACCUCUCUGUUCUAAGGAUUUCUAUGUCAGUCUCUCUCCACAUCAGACAUGUUGGUGUUAUAUAGACUUAUCAUGGCUGACUGUUAGUGGAGCUGAUUGUGUAUCUUUUCCUUGCCUUUGAGAGGGAAACUGCAUCUAGUUGGAAUGAGGCUGAAGUAAGCAUCACCCAUCUCCCCCCUCUCUCUCUCCCUCUCUCACACACACAUAUACACUAAACAUCACCCAUCCUACUCCCUCUCCUUUUCUAAGUGUAUAUUACACACUCACUAAACAUCACACAUCCACAAAGGAAGACUGAGAGGGAACUGCUGGUUCCCACUGACUCACCACCAACACUAUUCCAUCAACAUGAAGCCAUUGUCACACCAUAGCAGCAGUGACACAGA